GGUGUUCUGCUCUGGCGGCAGCGGCAGCGGCGGCGGGACGCGGAGGCUCCCCCGGGACUCGGCCUCAGCAGCGAGGCGGCGGCGGCGGCGGCGGCUGCGGAGGCGCAGGCAGCAGCUGAGGCAGCGGCAGGCUAAGGUGCAGCCGCUGGAAGCUAAAGCUGUGUGUAUUUGUGGAUCAGACAAGUGCAGCAAGUUAAUAUCAUUGGCUUCUGAAGGGGAGAGUGAGGUGAUGGCUGCGUUUAAGUUGGAUUUCCUUCCAGAAAUGAUGGUGGAUCAUUGCUCUUUGAAUCCCAGUCCUGUCUCCAAGAAAAUGAACGGCACCCUGGACCACCCAGACCAACCAGAUCUUGAUGCUAUUAAGAUGUUUGUGGGCCAGGUUCCGAGGACCUGGUCUGAGAAAGACUUAAGGGAACUCUUCGAACAGUAUGGUGCUGUCUAUGAAAUCAACGUCCUAAGGGAUAGGAGCCAAAACCCUCCUCAGAGCAAAGGGUGCUGUUUUGUUACAUUUUACACCCGUAAAGCUGCAUUAGAAGCGCAGAAUGCUCUUCACAACAUGAAGGUCCUCCCAGGGAUGCAUCAUCCUAUACAGAUGAAGCCUGCCGACAGCGAAAAGAACAAUGCAGUGGAAGACAGGAAGCUGUUUAUUGGUAUGAUUUCCAAGAAGUGCACUGAAAAUGACAUCCGAGUCAUGUUCUCUUCAUUUGGACAGAUUGAAGAGUGCCGGAUAUUGCGGGGACCCGAUGGCCUGAGCCGAGGUUGUGCAUUUGUGACUUUUACAACAAGAGCCAUGGCACAGACAGCUAUCAAGGCAAUGCAUCAAGCACAGACCAUGGAGGGUUGCUCAUCCCCCAUGGUGGUAAAAUUUGCUGAUACACAGAAGGACAAAGAACAGAAGAGAAUGGCCCAGCAGCUCCAGCAGCAGAUGCAGCAAAUCAGCGCAGCAUCUGUGUGGGGAAACCUUGCUGGUCUAAAUACUCUUGGACCCCAGUAUUUAGCACUUUAUUUGCAGCUCCUUCAGCAGACUGCCUCCUCUGGGAACCUCAACACCUUGAGCAGCCUCCACCCAAUGGGAGGGUUAAAUGCAAUGCAAUUACAGAAUUUGGCUGCAUUAGCUGCUGCAGCUAGUGCUGCUCAGAACACACCAAGUGGUACCAAUGCUCUCACUACAUCCAGCAGUCCUCUCAGUGUACUCACCAGUUCAGCAGGGUCUUCACCUAGCUCCAGCAGCAGUAACUCUGUCAACCCCAUAGCCUCACUUGGAGCCCUGCAGACAUUAGCUGGAGCAACAGCUGGCCUCAAUGUUGGCUCUCUGGCAGGGAUGGCUGCUUUAAAUGGUGGCCUGGGAAGCAGUGGCCUUUCCAAUGGCACUGGGAGCACCAUGGAGGCCCUCACCCAGGCCUACUCGGGUAUCCAGCAAUAUGCUGCUGCAGCGCUUCCCACUCUGUACAACCAGAAUCUCUUGACACAGCAGAGUAUUGGUGCUGCUGGAAGCCAGAAGGAAGGUCCAGAAGGAGCCAAUCUGUUCAUUUACCACCUGCCCCAGGAGUUUGGAGAUCAGGAUCUGCUGCAAAUGUUUAUGCCCUUCGGGAAUGUCGUGUCUGCCAAGGUUUUUAUAGACAAGCAGACAAAUCUGAGCAAAUGUUUUGGUUUUGUAAGUUACGACAAUCCUGUCUCAGCUCAAGCUGCCAUCCAGUCCAUGAACGGCUUUCAAAUUGGCAUGAAGAGGCUUAAAGUGCAGCUCAAACGUUCGAAGAAUGACAGCAAGCCCUACUGAGCGUGCUCCCCUCUGAGACUGGAGUGAGAGGGUCUUCCGGUAAGUGGGGGAGGAGCACCCUUAAUGAUUCGAAGCCCUAAGGCUGUGUGUUGACAGCCCUGGACCCUGAUCCCUGCCACUCUCGCAGGCACAGCUUGCCCUGAAGACUCGGCUACUGCCUUCUGUGGGAGUUUCGCUUCGUACAGAGGACAAGUUUGUGCUUUGGUUUCCAGUGUUUUACUUUGGAGUUUAGGUGCCAUAUCCUGAGUUUCUUUUUUCUCCCCCUCCUUUAUUUAAAGUUUGCCGUGUUUGUAACCAGUGUGUGUUGAGAAGGACCAACACCAAACCAGCCUGGGGGAAGGGAAUGGGGAAAUGUUUUUAAAAGAUAAUGAUCAGAAUUUUCCCCAAACCACCCCAACAGAAGACUAAAAGUAAAACAAAAAGUUGACCCUCAGAAUCUCCCCAAGUGCAAGGGUGAGUGAAAUGAAAACUGACAUCCAAGAGUUGCAGGGGUGGAGUAGUGGGUUGGCUUUGGAGGAGAGGGGGUGAUUUGACACCUAAUGCUUUGACAGCUGGAGUCAGAAACACUUCCACAGCUGCCUUCUGUACAAAUAUUUUUUGCCACCUUUUGUUCAGAUUCUUGCCCUGGAUUUCUGCCUCCUUUUUUUCUAAAAGGUGUCACCGAUUCUCUGGAAAUAAAGCACCUCUUAAAUUAGCCUAACAUGCAAAAAGCAGGGAGACAUCACUCAUUGCUGUUCUUCCCUGACCACCACUGCUGUUGGAUUGCCCUACCUAGCUGGUGGCCAUUUGGGAUUAGCAGCCAAAGAGGUCAUUUUUAUUUUAUUCCAACCUCAAAUUAGACAGGGGCCCAUUUCCAAGAGCUUUCUUGAAAGAAGGCCUCUGUGGAAGACAUUGCCUGGUUUUCUUCUUCUAGUUCACCACAGCAAGGAACAUCAUCACCCCCAUCCCAAGCCACAAUUUUCUCAUGAGGGCAAAUCCAAAAAAGUCUUGCAGCAUCUUGCUGAAGGGGGCACCUCUCCUGGGCAAAGUGAUCAAAAGCCAUCUAGUUGGAGGAAGAGGAGCUUGCUUCUUAAUAUACCUGAAUCAGAAGGUCCCUUCAGAUCAGGAUGUCGCAUUUGCCAGUGGCCAGAACUUAAUACUUAAGAACAUGAAGAGGUCCAUGCUUGCCUCUUUGAAUGAGGUGUCCCAAAGGUAGUAUUCCCACAGAGGUCUGACAGGCCCCUCUUCUAACCACUCCAGCCCUAUCUUCUGCCCUUGGGGACAGAGGAGACACCAGGAUGUUUACAGCCUCCAUAUGGAUUUAGUGUUCAUUUACCUCAGUAUUACUGUGUUCAUUUUGUCCUCAUGCUUACAGUUAGCUCCCUGCUGCCUCCCACAGGUCUCACUCCAGCUCUUGCCUAUGACCCACACAGCCUCUGGGCUCUGCCUCUGCUCUAUGAAAUGCUGUGGGGGUGGAAAGCCAGGAAGGACAUGCUGUUGGGAAUGUGCACCUGGGCAGAGGUAGCCCCAUUAGGAUAUGACUAUCAGCCACAACCAGGGACUGGGUCCCUGAGUCCCUGGAAGCUUACACCUCACAAAUGAGUCCUGACCCCUAGAAGCAGAGAUCAGAGUAAUGUGGUUGGUUUGCUAUUAAGUUGGAUGGGGGCUCUCUCAUUGUCAUGCUGUCCCUGUGGGUAACAGAGAUUGACUGUCUUGCUGUUGUACAGUUAGUUCGUGCUGUUGGAUUAUCCCAUUGAAACUGGGACGGCUGUUCCCUUCUCAUAGUGAUAACUUGGGUCUGUUGUCCUCUUAAGAAACGAGAAACAUACACUUCUUAAGCUGAACCACGUAAACUUGAAUUCUGCGCACUGGGAGAAAUGUGUCCUGUGUUUCAAAGGAUAAAACUGUUCUAAAGGCUUCCAGGGUCAUGAUGGGAUUUUUUUAAAUAAAUGCAAAAAAAAUAAAAAGAAAAAAAAAAAGAAAAAAUGCUAGGUUGGGGAGGCGCUGUUCUGAAACCCAACCGGCUGGAACCAAGAAUGUCGUUUCUAUUUUUAUAGAAGUUUUAUACAGCUCCGGGGUGGAGAAUAUUUAUUACCUAAAUUAUAUCUCUGGAAAAGGCCAGGAUUUUGUAGAAUCCAGAAUGUGAUUGUUGUACACACAGGGUGCUGUGUAUGAUUGAAACUACUGACUUUCUGUGGCCGAUUGCAGCCCAGCUAACCUGCCCGAGGGGAAGGUGUUAAUGCUGUGAAUUGGCAGAGGAGAGAGCUGUGCUCCACAGGGUGCUGCCGGUGCUGUGCUCCCUAACCUUCUGUUCUGUCUUCCUUCUUGGCCAGAACUCCACUCCCUUCCCCCUUCUCCCUUUUUCCUUAUCCCUGCCCCUCCCCCAUUUCAUCAUUUGUCCAUGGAUUUGUUCUGGGCUCUGGGACCUUAUGAAACGACUUUGCUAAUGACAUGAGGCAAAGGUGCAAUCCACUGCCUUUGAUACAGACCCUGAGGCUUCAUACCUGGUUUUGGUUCUCUUUUUGUAAGAGGAGCACAUGCCCCAGCAGGGUCCUGGGCUGCUAAGGCAGCCAGCUGGUGAGAUCAUGCACUUCUGUUCUCUCCUCCCUCUGCCCAGUGCUUUGCACCGCAGCAGCACUGCCCUUGAGUACAGUUCUUUCCCCAGGCCAAAGAUGGUUUUGUGAAGAAGCUGCUCCCCUACAAGUCUCAUGGUGUGAAAGGGCUCAGCUCAGCUCAGCUCAGCUGGGAGAGUGGAGAGACUCGCAGUCAAGUCUUAAGCAAUCCUUUUCUGUUGUGUGGAGGUUUCACUUACAAUGUGUUUUUUGUUUUGUUUUUUUGUUUUGCUGUCGUUUUGUUUCAUACUUGGGUUACAUCAUGAAAUUGAUUUGCCUUGAAUGUAGCCAGACCACUGUCUCUCCUGGGUUCCAUUUGAGUGGCCAGGACCUGUGUGGAAGCUAAGGGCUUGGAUUUCUGGGAACAAAGGGUGGUCCCCAUAGGUUUCGAGCAGAAAUCCUGUCCCUCUACCAUAAAGAAUCUUCCGCACCCCAGCCAGUGUCUUCUGCUGCCCCCUGCCCCACUGAGUUUUGGCCCGGGAAUGGGAGAAAGGCUGAGAGGCCCUGUUCCCCAAGAGACAUUUUCUUAUAUGUUGAGUGCUUCGUGGGAAAUCCAAGCCUUAGGUUCCCUUCUGUCUCUGGCAAUUGGAUGUUUUCUUGGUGUUCUCCAUGUCCUUUUUGACUUUUCCCUGUGUCCAUUGUUAGCAUGUGCAAAAGUUCCCUGUCAUUACCCACCCCCUGCCCCAUCCCGCCUCCUCAUUUCAGGGCUGUACACACAGUGAGUGUCCUGUUCUCUCUCUCUGUUUGGAUGUAUUGCUCUGUGUAACUCAGUGGGUCUCCCUCUUUCUGGUUUGUUUUUUUUUCUAGAUUCCUGCCGUUUGUUCAUCGUUGUGCCUAAAGCAUGUCGAUGUGGCGUCAAGUACAUCGUCCAAAUCCCUGUCUCUUCAGCUUCUCUGAUGCUUGAACUCUCACCUUUGACCUUGUGUUGACCUUUGAUGCUGACGUGUAUUUUUAUUAUGUUUGUUUCUUUCUUUGUUUUUUUCUUUUUUCUUUCCUUUUUUUUUUCCCUUUUGUGCUGCCAAAAUUGGUUUUGCUAGAACGACUGCUGAAGGGGAAAUAUUUAAACUUGCAUUUGAAUAUAAAAAAAUCUAUUUUUCUAGAACUUCAUAAGAUAACCACUUGAUUUUGUGAUUCCAAUUCUUUGUAAUUGUCUUCAGAGCAGCCCUACUAGCACAUACCGCGUGGUGUUUGUAUUUCUGUGAACACACAGCCAGUCCGUUUCUAGGCUUUGUUUCUCUGUGUGCUUAGUUUUAAAGACAACUUUGAAGUAAACAAUGAAAUAAACGAUGUCACUAAAACCUUUGAGGCUCCUGAGCACAUUUUGCUGACAUAGUUUGUGGGGCUUGAGGAGACGCAUGUGUUGCUUUUAUUUUUGUUUUUCUGAGUUCUCAACUGCAGCAAACACCUGAACCCCCCAUCCCUUCCUUUCUGACUGCAGUUUGGGCCCCAGCCAGCCCUUUUUCUUUUUCUUUUUUCUUUUUUUCUUUUUUCUUCUUUUGUGGUUGUUCCCUGGAGCUACCCUGCGGGGAGCUUUGGCUCCCUCUUGCCCCUUCCCUCAGCCCCACAGGGCUCUCCUCCAUACUUGUUCCUACAGUCUCCACAGCAAAAUGUGAUGCUUUUUGUUUUGUUUUGUUUUGUUUUUGUAUUGUUUUUGUUUUGAAAUUUUUUCUUUCCUACUAAGAUUAUGCCCAGAAAAAAACAAGUUUUGCAUGUGUCCUGCUGUUUCUUCACACCUUCGUAUAUAUCACCUUCACCUCUCUGUUUUCUAUAGUUUGUGCAAAAACUGACCGAUUUAAAGGGGUUUCAAAGAAGCUGUUUUAAAUUGUUGUGGGGUUGAUUUUUUUUUUUUCAAUAUUGUACUGUUUUAUUUUGAAGUGGCAACUUUCUCCUCUAUUGCCCUUAGAGUGUUUGCCUGUGCACUUAGACUGUCACCUCAUGCAGCCUCCAGGUCUCAGCAGGGCUCCCAGGAGGCUGGCUGCUCUGCUCAGGAGUGGGAAGACCCAAGAAGCAGAGCUGGAACCCGAAGGUGGCUAUGGGUGGACAGGAGGCUUAGCACAGUAGGGCUAGCACCCAGCAGAGGGAGGGUGCUCCUAACCACCAGAGGAUGCCGUCUGCACACUAAGCGACUAUACAUCUGCUGCGCUUUUCCUAGGUGACAAGCACAAUACUACAAGUCUUCACACUGUUUACAGCCCUGGGCACAAACCACCCCACACUGGCUCUUCACCACAGCUCUGCUCUUGCUUAGCUAGUGGGGUGGGGAUAAGGGCGGGGAUUUGUUUUUUAAAUUGGGUGAAGAGCCAAAUAGCUACUGUCCCUGGGUGCCAGGCCAGCUAGUUCUUUGGUUCCCUGAGGGGAACUUUCCCUCUUCUCUUGUGGCACCAUCCAGCCUCAGGGUCUUGAGGACUUGAGGAAGAAUGUGAAUGGAGGGGGAGAGGCCAGAGGAGAUGAGAGGGCAGGGGUGGAUCUGUGGAGGGAUAGCAGGGAAUGAGUUUAUAGCAGAUCCCACCCAGACCUACAUGCUGGUGGGAGGAGGAGCUGAGAAGCAGAAUUGUCCAGGGAAGGGUGGCAAGGUACAGCAAGGGACCUGGGGGUGGGUGGGUUAGAAGCACUGUUUAGCAUCAUUCACACUGGGGUUGAGGGAAAAAGGGAUCCUGUCAGAAUUUCUGCUCUGGGACCCAGCAGGUUGCCCAGUAUUAUGCUUGAGGCCACUCUUACUAGGAGGAAAGGGCAGCCAAGCGGAGGCCCAGUGUAUGGUAGGCUGCUUAAUUUCCUGGAAGGGGUGAUUGGAUGGAAAAGGCCAGAAGUCCCAGCCUGAGAGACUGCUGUGCACCCCACAGUCUGACUGCACAGAGCCGCCUCUGUUGGCAGGAGGCACUGAGGCUCCCCUUCCUGUGUAUUGAGAAGCCUUGUUUGCCAAUAUAUUUUGCUUUCAAUUCCAAGAGGAGCUCUGGGAAAACCUGUGGAUAAAACCAAAUGCCAAACGUUGGACGUUGUUUCCUUUUCCUUUUCUCUCUCUGAUUGUUUUAAUUGUUCUGUGGUGGUUUUAAUGGAUUUGAGACCCUGGAGCGGCAGCUGCCUUUCUGAUUUCCAGCUGCUUUUUGUGAAUAAUUUAAAAAGAAAAAAAAAAGAAACUUUACAUUUUGGAGACAAACCUGUGUGAGUUUUUUAUUGGUACAAACGUUGUAUUUAACACUAGGGGUUUUGUACAGUUUUUUGCCUUUUCUACUAGAAAACAAUGUAAAGUGAUUUCACAAUGUGAAGAGAAAAAAAAAUUGCCACUAUGACCAAACGCACAGUCUGUUCUGCAGCAACAACGGGAUUCAAUCAACUCAAAGUCGUGAUUCAGCCGUAGAAAUGCUUUUCCUUGACCUUGUUUGAGCUUUCCUUUCUUUCCUGUUUGAUUUGCAAAAGAAAAUGUCUUUUUUGUGUGAACUUGUGUUGUACUCUGUAGAAAAUUAUGGAUUUUACUUUAAUGGUUUAAAUAAAGGCAAGAAGAGCCCUUAUUGCUUUUCUUACCUAAUCACAGAGUUUGUGUAGUGGAUUAAAAAAGAAAAAAAAUUGUUACAAGUUUGGAGCAAGGGAGUAUGUGUUUAAAAGGACUCUCCUUCCUUUUUUUGUGUGUUUUUCCUUUUGUCCCAAUGGGGAACCUAAAUCUGUUUUAAUUGCACAGACACAUGGACAAAAAGUCAUUUUGUAUCUGCCAAGUGUGGUACCUUCCUUUGUUUAUUUGCUAUUAAACUGUUUGAGAAGAACUGA